AGCAGGGGCCUCGGCCCUGCCUGACCUCCCUGGCGGACCCCAGUCGUGCUCACUGUUUGCUGCCCGGUGUCCGCGGACCUGCGCCGUGCUCGCCAGCAUGUCCUUCAUCCCGGUGGUCGAGAAUUCUGACUUCCCCAUUCACAACUUGCCUUACGGCGUCUUCUCCACCAAAGGCAACUCUAGACCAAGGAUUGGUGUGGCAAUUGGCGAGCAGAUUCUGGACCUCAGUGUCAUUAAGCACCUCUUCACCGGGCCUGUCCUCUCUAAACACCAGGAUGUCUUUGAUCAGCCAACUCUCAACAACUUCAUGGGCCUGGGCCAGGCUGCCUGGAAGGAGGCGAGAGCGUUCUUGCAGAGCUUGCUGUCUGCCAGCCAAGCCAGGCUCAGAGAUGAUCUAGAGCUUCGGAAGCGGGCAUUUACCUCCCAGGAUUCUGCUACCAUGCACCUCCCAGCCACCAUAGGAGACUACACGGACUUCUAUUCCUCCCGGCAGCACGCCACAAACGUUGGCAUCAUGUUCAGGGGCAAAGAGAGUGCGCUGAUGCCCAACUGGCUGCACUUACCGGUGGGCUACCACGGCCGUGCUUCCUCUGUCGUGGUGUCUGGCACCCCUAUCCGAAGGCCCAUGGGGCAGAUGAGACCCGAUGACUCUAAGCCUCCUGUAUAUGGUGCCUGCAAACUCCUGGACAUGGAGUUGGAAAUGGCUUUCUUUGUAGGCCCUGGGAACAAAUUUGGCGAGCCGAUCCCUAUUUCCAAGGCCCAUGAACACAUUUUUGGAAUGGUCCUUAUGAACGACUGGAGCGCUCGAGACAUCCAGAAGUGGGAGUACGUUCCUCUCGGGCCAUUCCUUGGGAAGAGCUUUGGAACCACCAUCUCUCCUUGGGUGGUGCCCAUGGAUGCACUCAUGCCCUUCGCCAUGCCCAACCCGGUGCAGGAUCCCAAGCCCCUGCCGUAUCUCUGCCACGACGAGCCCUACACAUUCGACAUCAACCUGUCUGUUGCCCUAAAAGGAGAAGGAAUGAGCCAGGCAGCUACCAUAUGCAGGUCCAAUUUUAAGUACAUGUACUGGACGAUGCUGCAGCAGCUCACCCACCACUCUGUCAAUGGCUGCAACCUCCGUCCAGGAGACCUCUUGGCUUCUGGAACCAUCAGCGGGCCGGAGCCGGAAAGCUUUGGCUCCAUGCUGGAGCUCUCUUGGAGGGGAACGAAGGCCAUAGAGCUGGGCAAUGGACAAAGCAGGAAGUUUCUGCUGGAUGGAGAUGAAGUCAUCUUAACAGGGCACUGCCAGGGAGAUGGGUACCGCAUCGGCUUCGGUCAAUGUGCUGGAAAAGUGCUGCCCGCUCUCUCACUGGCGUGAGGAUCUCUCGGCUACCCUGGGAAUGAGGGGCUUGGGUUCCCCUGGGUGCCAGGGGGCCUGCCUCUGUGGCUUUAGGCCUGGUUCUUCAUUCAAUAGUAAAUAAAGCCACUGUGGUCUAUCUCCAUGCUCUAA